AUGUGCCCAUGCACAAAGGCUGCUGGCACGGUGAUCAGUGCAGCAGCCAUGGUGCAGCAGAGCUGUGGUGCUGCCCAGGCACGGACAGCCUGCAGCAAGGCCCCACUCCCUCGCAGAGCCAGCAGGAGCCAAGCACUGACAGAGGGCAGGGUGGUGUUCUCAGGCCCGGAUGCCAUACGCGAUCACAGAACAAGACGGCCUGAGCACACUCACUACAUAGGAUCAACAUCUCCAGCAAUAGAAGGCAGCAGUGAUGCUGGCUACUUGUGGCGGCCGGCCUCCUGCUUCUCAUCCCCGCUGCUCCGCCGAUGUCAGUAUGCCACAGAAAUCGGGUGGGGAGUGAGAGAGCUCAGCUAUUUCACCUGGAGAAAUCUCCAGAGCGGAGCGCAGAUCAAGAGAGGAGAGAUCUGGCAGGCUGCUGAAGAUCAAGCAACACACCGAUACCAAAGUCCAUGGCAGCCAGCUCCCUGUGUUCUUGAACAUCAAGGCCAUGGCGCACGGGCCCGGCUGGCCUGGGAUCUGGGCAGGUACAAAGGCUCCUCACAGCGAGCGCCAGUCAUGAUCCAAGCUCCUCCCAGCCACCAGCACCAAGGAAAAAGGUGA